AUGAACAAGUUCAAACGAGUUUUCGAGGUGCACAACAUAUGCUUGAGUUAUGAAUGCUGCAAGGAUGUCUCCGUCUCGCCCGAGUGCAUCAGCACCUUCAACGAGCUCAAGCUUGGCAAGGACAUCAAAUGGAUUAUCUACAAGAUCAGCGACGACUGGAAAGAGAUUGUCGUCGAGGAGACUUCCAAGGAGGCCAACUUUGACGUCUUCCGCGAGAAGCUGCUCAACGCCAAGAGCAAGGACCGCAAGGGCAAGGAGGGCAUUGGCGGUCGCUACGCCGUGUUCGACGUCGAGUACGAGCUCGAAAGCGGAGAGGGCUCCAGGAGCAAGAUCACUUUUAUCAGCUGGACGCCAGAUGAUGCGGCGCAAUACCCCCGCAUGAUGUACUCAUCCUCCAAGGAAGCCAUCAAGCGCGCCCUCAACGGUCUCGCCGCCGAUAUCCAAGCCAACGAUGCCGACGACAUCGAGUUCGAGAGCAUCAAGAGCCGUGUCUCCAAGGGCCGCUAA